AUGGAACUAACAAAAUAUUUAUUGUUUUGUCUAACAUGGUCCUUCAUCAGGGCGGCACCACGAUGUAAAUAUAAGUCUGAUAAAAAGCCAGAAUUGAUUUGUAGAUCUUCAGAAGAAAAUUACAUCUUAAAGAGAGGACUCGUCUCUGAUAACAAUAGGACGAGCUCUGUCACUCUGAGAGGCUGUAGAGUAUCUGGUGUGGAAUAUGAGGCUUUUGAGAAUAUGCCAUCUCUAAAGUACAUUGACCUCUCACAGAAUAGUAUAUCUGAACUGAAGUUAGGAGUUCUGGACGAUAUUAAGACGGUCACUCACUUAAACUUAUCGUACAAUGCAUUAACAACAUUCCCAAUUGGCUUAUUUGAUCAAUUGCCGAAUCUUUCGACGCUCGAUUUGACCAGUAAUUCGCUAGAGAAUAUAGAAUUGGUUGUGUUUGAUACGUUGCAAAAAUUAAAAUAUUUAAAUUUGGCAGAUAAUAAUAUUUCAACAAUAAAGGGAAGCGUCUUCAAAACGUUAAAGAGACUAAAAUCAAUUAUUCUACGAGGUAAUAAAUUAACAUCAUUACCAGUAGAGCUAUUCCAGGAUAUGAAAAACUUAGCGAACAUCGACUUAUCACAUAAUUCAAUUUCAACCAUCAACGUCAAUAGUUUCCACGGGACGUCCGUCAAGAAUUUGAACCUAGCUGAUAAUAAGCUGACGUAUUUGACGAGCAACUUCUGUUUGGAGUUGAGGAACUUCGCUGCCAAGUUGACCAAGUUCUACUUCAACCAGAACCCGUGGCAGUGCGCGUGUUUGAGAGACAUAGUUGAUGAAGUUAAACGACUGGGCAUCAGCUACAACAGCAGACCAUACGACGGUAGACAUCCCGUUUGUGUCACCACUGAGGAGUUCCAUUGUAACAGACAUGACAGAUUUAAUAGAGUUUAUAUAGAUAUGUAUGAUGAUUUAGUUGUUAAUACAAAAAAUCUAUAA